AUGGAUUUUAAUGGAGUCCACCCGGUAAAGGCUAGGCGCUCCACGGCUGAUUUAAUGAUGGAUGAUAACGCAUACACAACCACCAAGAAACCAGGACGAAGAAUUGCAAUCCUAACUGCUGUAGUCUGUGUGCUAGCAGUGCUAUGUAUUGUAUUCUUUGCUACUGCGGUCGUGUUCGUGGUGAAAUUUAACCAGAAGCUUCCCGUCGACAGUGCAACAAAUUCAAGCGUCAAGGAACUUUGCGUAUCACAGCAAUGCAUCAAAUCAGCUGCAGUUUACCUGGACAGCAUGAACACGGACGUGGAUCCUUGUGAUAACUUCUUCGAGUACGCAUGCGGCGGCUGGGUCAAAAAGGCUAUAAUACCCGAAGACAAAUCAAACUACUUCUCUUAUACUGACAUCACGGAACAAGUUACAAACAGAUGUAGAGAGUUGUUCGAGAGAGAUACCAGUCACGAUGAACCCAGAUCUCUCGUCAGUGUACGUAACUACUAUAAGUCGUGCCUCGAUGAAGCUGCCAUUGAGAAAGCUGGCACCAAGCCCCUGGUGGAUCUCUUGACUGCUUUGGGGGGCUGGCCAGUGCUUGGAACCAACCCUGGCGGAAACUGGGACAAAACGACCUACAAAUUUGAGACAUUCUUGGCCCGCCUCAUUAGUCAGUACAAUAUCGAUGCCAUAAUCUCGUCGUGGGUCAGCAGUGAUAGCAAGAACUCAUCUGGCUACGUUGUGCAGCUUGACCAACCAGGCCUCGGGAUGGGCAGCAGAGAUUACUACCUUAAAGACAAACAUAAUGAGGAUCGAGCCGCCUACGUGCAGUACAUGGUCGAUGUUGUCGUUCAGCUUGGUGUGGAUGAAGUCACUGCCAGAGCUUCCAUGGAAGAAGUCAUGGAAUUAGAAACGGCUUUGGCAAAUAUGACAAUUUCUUCCUCUGACCGGAGGGACAGCGCGGCUCUCUACAACAUCUACACCCUCUAUAAUCUAACUGUCACAUACCCACAGAUUGAUUGGGUUAUAUUGUAUAACGCACUACUACCAGACAGCGUCAAACCAAUUCCCUCAACGGAGAGAAUCGUUAACAAAGUCCCAAGCUUCAUGUCAGAGGUCACGAUGUGGCUAUCAAGACAAAGUUCCAGAGUGGUGAUGAACUACAUGAUAUGGCGUCUUGUAGAUGACUCCGUGUUUGAACUUGGUAAGACGUUCGUUGACAUCGGGCAGAAGUACAUCAACGUCGUUGAAGGAACUUCUGCAUCUGCUGCUCGGUGGGAAAGAUGCGUGGAGGAGGCCAACAACUAUCUUAGGUUCGCAACAGGCAGGAUGUAUGUUGAGGAAUACUUCCCGGGAGAUGCAAAAGAAAAGACUUUAAAGAUAGUUGGACAUUUAAAGACUGCGUUCAAGGAGAUGCUGGAGACGAAUGACUGGCUGCAAGAAGCCGACAAGAAAGUAGCAGCAGAGAAGGCUGACAGCAUGCGGGUCGAAGUCGGGUACCCUGACUGGAUAAUAGAUGAUACCAAACUGGAUGAAUACUACAACGGACUUGACUUUGUGAGCGAUAGCUACUUCACAAAUUCAUUGAUAUGGCGUCAAUGGAGCAUGGGGCAGCGCUCUGCACGCCUGCGGAGCCUAGUGGAUAAAACGGCAUGGACAGCAGCACCUACUGAUGUAAACGCAUAUUACAGCUCAUCAAAGAAUCGCAUUUUGUUUACAGCUGGUAUUUUACAGCCGCCAUUCUACCACCAUGACCUACCUCUGUACUACAACUACGGAGGAAUUGGCGUAGUUAUAGGACAUGAAAUAACCCACGGAUUUGAUGACAAAGGGAGACAGUACGAUAAAGAUGGUAACCUGAAUGACUGGUGGAGUGAACAGUCAGUCUUCAAUUUCAAGGAGCGAGCCCAGUGUAUGGUGGAUCAGUACUCAAACUACGUUAUGCCUGAGACCAAUGAAACUUUGAAUGGAAAGCUAACUCAAGGAGAAAACAUCGCAGACAAUGGGGGCUUGAAAGAAGCUUACAAGUCAUACAAGGAUAACAUAGUGGAUGACCCGCUUCUACCAGGACUGAACUUCAACCAAGAUCAAAUGUUUUUCCUCUCAUUUGGACAAUUAUGGUGCAGCGUGUUUCGACCGGAAGGCGUGACGUCAUACCUCCUAAGGAAUCGCCACAGUCCUGGGCGUUACAGAGUUAUCGGGACAAUGCAAAACAACGAGGACUUCGCCAAGGCGUUCAACUGCUCGAAGACAAGCUACAUGAACCCAGUGGAUAAAUGCAGUGUAUGGUAACCAUCGCUGUAUAAGAACACUUUACAAGGGAAUACAAAUAAUGGAUUUUAUAACGAAGACACGAACAGCGAGUGUGUACGGACUUCUACUGAUAGCGCCCUCUUUUGAAUCAUCUUUUAUCAGCCUAUGUUAAUUUCCCCAUUAUGGGGGACAAAAUCUC